AUGCCCAUCAUCCAAGUUAGUUUCCGGGGCCUGAAUGGCAAGAACCUGUGCCAAAGCACCUUUCGGGAAGAUGCCGAGGUCUCGGAUGUCAAAAUGAUCCUGAAGGACAAGUUCAAAGAUCGCCAGGUUCUUCUCAUGUGGAAAGAUGUCUGGCUCAAGGAUCCGAGACGCAAGCUGUGCGACGUUUUCGGCCAAGAGGCAAGUAGCUCUGGCGUGAUCGAGGUGGAAUUGAACGUCACGCCCUCAGUCCCGUCUCACCCCAGCCGCAAGCCUGGAAAGUUGAGAGUGCAACCGAGUACCUUGCAGGUUGUCUUUGCCGAAGGCGGUGGAGCUCGCAGAUGCGCAGUCUGCAAGCUGGACCGAGAAGAAUGGGAGGAUGCGUACGACACGGUCCCCAACAUUUUCCUCAAGUGCCCAAAGGACUGUCAGGAGCUGGUCUGCAAGAGGUGCUGGGACCAAGGCGUCCAGCUUUGCCCCAAUUGUGGGGAUGCGGUCAGCGGCAGCCCGUCUGAGGCCACCUUCACCGAGAAGCUUCAAAAUCCCGACCGGGUGCUUCAGGUUGAGACAGGAGCGGAGGACUUGAGGGCCCCGCCUCCGUGCGCGGAGCCGUGGCGGGGGGAGCCCGCGCCCCGACCGUACCAGACAUCCGCCUUCCAAGCCGCUGUGCAGGAGAACAGGAUCAUCGUCAUGCCCACCGGAACCGGCAAAACGCUGGUGGAGAUCAUGCUCCUUGACCACCUCCUGAGAGGCGACACUGAGCCCUGGGCUGUGGUCGCAGUGAACGUUGCUGCCCUUGUCAGCCAGCAGGCCCGGGAGAUUCGGGCGAAGUCAACCCUCCCAGACAUCAGGGUGACCGAGCUGUCGGGCAGUGCCGUUGAGUGGACCCCUGAGUUUUGGAGAGCGGUGCGGCAGGGGCAGAGGCAAGUCAUUGUGGGCACGGCGGAGAUCAUACGGAAGGCCGUGAUUGAUCAUGGGUUCCUGUGCCUGGACGGCUGCUGCAAGCUCAUGGUGUUUGAUGAGGCCCACCACGCCCUCAAGGACCACCCCUUUGUCAAGAUUCUCCGCAAGGUCACAGGCUCAGUAACGAAGGCCCCGACACCUCGUCUGGUGGGUCUGACGGCGUGCUACUUGCACGGGAAGAUGAGAGCUCCGGAGGCCAAGAAGAGGCAGCUCGAAGAAUGCUUCGCAGGGCGCAUUUGGACCCCUAAGCAAGAGGAAAUCCAACCCUUCAUCCCAUGCUUCACAUUCGAGCGUCAGCGUUUUGACACGCCGCUUCAGGCCAUGUCGAGUUCCUCCUUCCUGAAAAGGGCGGAGGACGACCUCUGGACAAUCCUGCGGGACGUGCCUGAGGACGUCCGAAGCCUUGUCAAGGAGCAUAUGGGCAAGGCUGCAGGCGUGCUAGACUUGCUGGGCAGUGAAGGUGCCCAGUUUUACUUCUCGCAUGGAAUACUUUGCGCUGUGAAGCAUCAGCUGGAGCACAGGAUGAAGACCUUCUCGAAAGAUGGGAAGCCCCGGCCAAAGUUACAGAGCAAGAUCCGCGAUGUGGAACAGCUGAGGCAAACAUGCCAGCAACAAAAACUUCGACACACCGCUGAUCCCGAAGCGUCCAUUUCCGGGAAGGCUCGUGCCUUGAUCGCUCGCUUGAAGGAGCUACUGGAAGAGGACACCAAAACACGGUGCAUCAUCUUCGUGUCCGAGGUGGCGUCCGCAUAUCCGUUGGCAGAGCUGCUCCAGCGCCACGUCCGGCGUGGGGUGCGGCCGGUGAGUGGCAGGAAGUCCAUGUCAGACGAAGUCCGAGAAAAGAACCUGCGCCAGUUGCGGGAGGGUGAGGAAGGCGUGUGGUGCCUGGUUGCUACCGACUGCAUGGAGGAAGGAAUCGACAUUCCAGCCUGCAGCGUUGUAGUGCGCUUCGACCGAUUCCACAACGUGAAGAGCCAUGUUCAGGGCACUGGCCGUUGCCGGGGCUUGGGCAAGGGUGGCCUGGUGAUCUACUUCGAGAAUGACCCCGGCGAGGAGGAAGACCAGGCGGCGCGCGUGCGUGCCAUUGCCGAAGCCGCCAGUGAAGAACUCAUCUCCACAGGGCCUCAGGCAGAUGCUGGGCGGUCGGUGCAUCCCGCAACGGGGGCCGAGAUCAACCGGGACAACUGCCUACCCAGAUUGAACGACUACCUCCGCCGGGCGUCCUCAGGCAGAAUGCGCCUCGAUGAUGCCUUCGAACCGCAGCCUCCCUGCAAAAUUCAGAGGUGCAGGGUCCCCAUCGGGCCACGCAGGGACUUAACGGUGACGGAAGAGGACAUUCCUGCGGAGGCGGCUGGGUGGAGCCCAAGAAGGCGUUUUGCUUUCGCCACGCUCACCAAGCUCCUUGAGCGCGGCUUCCUCACCGAAAACCACACGCCUUGCAACAGCCCUGGCGACCCGGAGGAUUUCGCGGAGGCCGCGGAGCCUGAGGGGUCCAGAUCGCACCACCUCCGCUUCAGCCCACAAGCGCUCGAUGCCCUGCAGGCCGCGAAAGGCAAGCUCCUGGAGCGCAUCUGCAAGGGCCUGAAGAGCGAGAAUCGCAAGGGCGCCCUGAAGGAGUGUGCAGACUUGCUGUCGGGCAACGUCUCCUACCAGGAGGUUCCAGUGCCAGGAGCGCAAGGAGAGCAGGGUGGCCUCUUUCAGCGGGAGGUCUGCAUCACAGGGCUGCAAGAGCCGUGGCACUUCUCCCCAGGCGACCCCUGCACCAGGAAGGCUGAGGCCGAGCAGAGCGCUGCAGCCGUGGCUCUGCAAGAGCUGCAAGCCAUGCUGCAGCACGAGGCCUCUGGCUCGUCCACAGAAGUAUCCGCAGGUCGGCCGGCCAAGACUUGCAGCACGGACAGGGCUGCAGGGGCUCAGGAGGCGCCGCCCGGCGUGUCCGAAGCCGUGGGGCCUGUGGAGGCUGAACCGGAUGACGCUGCCACAGCCCGGGAAGCCAAGGAUCCACCGACUCAGGCCAUCCCAGCCGACCAGAAGCUGGAGACGACGGAGACGGCCCAGGAGGAUCCUUGCAGUGCUGGUGGCUCAGAGCCUCCCGAGGCAGCCGCAACGGAGAUGGCGCAGUUCUGCGCGACGCAUGGUCUCUCGAAGCAGCUCCAGGAGAUGCUCUUGGAAGAAAACAUCAGGAGUCUACGUGAGCUCUUGAUUUUGGACGACGAGGAUGUCAAGGAGAUGUGCAAGGAUGUGAGGAAGGGCGACAAGGCCCGACUGAAGCUAGCCAUCCAGGCAGCGCGCGGAGAUUGA